CUGUUCACCAUUUACGUGGUUAAAGCUUUUGGCGCUCUAAGCUAAGUACGCUUCUUGACUUUCGCGCCCCGCUCUCUCCCUCCCUUGAGGAUUCUUUCCAUGGCGGAUCCCUUUUCUAGCUUUGAUCAUCCGGAUUAUGCUGAGAUCGUUGUAAUACGUCAUGGUGAAACAGCAUGGAACGCUGAUGGAAGAAUUCAGGGACAUCUGGAUGUUGAGUUAAAUGAAGUUGGAAGAGCGCAAGCAGCUUCAGUGGCUGAAAGACUAACUAGGGAACCCAAGGUCUCUGUUGUAUAUUCUUCUGACUUGCAACGAGCUUAUGAGACAGCACAGAUGAUUGCAACCAAAUGUGGAGGGCUAGAGGUCGUCAAAGACCCUGACCUAAGGGAAAGACACCUAGGGGAUCUUCAAGGUAUUUCCCGUCGUGAAGCAGCAAAGACUAAUCCCACAGCUUACAGAGCUAUGGAUCGAGGUCAAGAAAUACCAGGUGGGGGAGAAAGUCUUGAUCAACUUUCCAAACGCUGCACAUCUGCAUUGCAGAGGAUAGGCAUGAAGUAUUUAGGGAAGCGUGUAGUGGUUGUUACUCACGGAGGUGUCAUUAGAUCACUUUACAAGCGAGCCAAUAACAAAAACAAGCGUUGUGGGAUGAUACUCAACACGUCUGUCAAUGUCUUUCACUUGUAUGAAGACAAGUGGAUUAUAAAAACUUGGGGAGAUGUUAGCCAUCUGAGCCAAACAGGAUUUCUGCAAUCGGGUUUUGGGGGUGACAGAACUUCUGGUUAGGCUGUAUCGCUUGACUUAUUCAUUGAAGCAAUAUGCAUAAGAUGUUCUCCAAAUAAUACAUUUCACAACCUAUUUUGUUUUAAGGCACAGUAUUAUGAAUUUCAAUGACGCUGGGGAUCAUUUUUACAAUCUGUGAUGGGUGCGUGUGUGUGUAGAAGAUUUUCCUUUUUAUUCUACUUAACUAUGUUGAUGAAUAGUUCAUGCUGUGAAGUUCGAGUAGA